GCUGUCAGGCCUAAUAUCCAAAAGCAAGAAUGGCUUGUCUUUCUCCUUUCUAGCGAUGCACCGAGGCCACCAAAUUGUCGAGGCGCGGAAUUUCUCCGAGUCCCCAAUGCUCACAACAAAGCUAACAAAAACUUCUUCAUUUUCCCUUGUCUACGGGCCAUUUCAAACGACCUGUCUCAGUUAUGCAACACGAUACGACAACGCCAGAGUUGUUUUAAUACAGACGUGCAGACAGUGGCGGCAGAGGUUAAGAAGAUGGUGGAAACCACUAUUUUAAGAUCUCGACAUAGCAAGACUUCAGAAAGCAAAGGCCUCAACGGAGACACGGUGGACACCAAUCCGAAGACGAAGGAUUGGGGCGGUGAGAGUGGGGACAAAGCAAGCAUGGUAAAGAAGACACAAGAAGCGGCAGAAACACUGACAGGUUUACACGGCUCGUUAUCGAAGCAGUCCGGCGCUGUCAAAACAGCUGACGUGGUGAGGCGGGAAGACCAUCUCAGGCUUGUUUCGCGUAUGCUGUUAACCGAGUGCGACAUUAAGACGCUCGACAACGGUGCGUUUCUAAACGACAACAUUAUCCAGUUCUGCCUCUUCACUUUGAGUGAAAAAUACUACUGUCGCAAGGUCUAUAUGUUCAACACGUUCCUGGUCAAAAACUUGAGACAAGGUAUAUCUUGCGACAACUGGUCGAAAACUGCGAAUCCAGCCGAGUACGAGUUUAUUUUCGUGCCGAUUCACAACAGAGGCAACCACUGGAACGGCGCGAUACUAUGGCACGACGCGUUGGCUACCGCCGGCUCCGACCGGCGUACGUUUUCUCUCGCCUUUGUUGAUUCCCUUCACAGGUUUGCGGACAAUCGCGAUAGCCGUUUGUUGCAGGACAAUUUUUCGCGACUUCACAUCGAUGUCAUCGUCAAAGCACCCCCAAAAGACCUGCCCAAACAAGACAACGAUUGUGAUUGUGGAGUUUUUGUCCUUGCCUUUUUUGAACAUUUCUUACAAGAUCUGAUCCAGUUUAAACGUGCAGUGGAAGAAGAGACGAGCCUCGACUGCGUUGUGUACGCCGACAUCUUACGAAGUGUCAUCAGGGAAAGGGCAGAGGCGGCAAAAAGAGCAAAAGAUGCGGAAGAGUCCAAAAAAUUGGAUUCGGCCUCGCCAGCUGAUGGUUGGGAGGAGCGGGGCGUAUCAGCUCCCCCGUCUCAAAGACUGCUGACAAUAAGCUCUGAGGAGGCAACUGUUCAAUUCGGUACGCAGUUUUAAAACACAAUUCUCGUCCCUUCAUUUCAAUGACUAACAAUGCCAAGCCCGCUUUAUACGAGGUAUCCAGGACCAAAUGGAGCCUACUGACUGGCCAGUCUUCGUGCAAAAAGUGCCGGACUUGGUCAGAUCAAUAGAUCC